AUGAUUCAGUGUGAGGAGCUGCGAGAGGGAUCUUUAACCACCGCACUGCCCUUCAUCACCAGUCAUCACUUGCUGGUUGACCAUGAGCAAAGCUGCAGUGGCUGCGAGAGCGACGCAACCUGCGCCGACGCGCAUCUUUCCAAACUUAAGGCAACCAAGAGGAGGACGCACGGCUGGGAGUUUGUUAUUUUUACCAUAAAAAAAGACAAGAUGACUAAUAAGUCUUUCUUAAACUCAAAUCCAAGUGGCUCCGGGACGGCGGACGAGGAACUCGUCAUCACCUCCACUUUCGGGACUCUCCUUUCCGUCGUGUACGUCAUCGGGGUGUCAGGGAAUGUGUACACUCUGGUGGUGAUGCGUCACUCCAUCCGCUUCGCCACGUCCAUGUACAUCUCCAUCAUCAACCUGGCUCUGGCGGACCUUCUCUACCUCUCCACCAUCCCCUUCGUAGUGUCCACCUACUUCCUCAAGGACUGGUACUUCGGCGACGUGGGCUGUCGGGUACUUCUCAGCCUGGACCUUCUCACCAUGCACGCCAGCAUCUUCACCCUCACCGUCAUGUGCUCGGAGCGCUACCUGGCCGUCACCAAGCCGCUGGACACGGCGCGGCGUUCCAAGAGUUACCGUAAAGCUCUAGCGUGGGGCGUGUGGCUCCUCUCCUUGCUCCUCACUGUGCCCAUGAUGGUGAUGGUGGCCCAGACGACCACUAAAUCCCCGGACGGGAGUGUGAAAAGGAUGUGCGCACCCACAUGGGCGCCCGUGGCUUAUAAAGUCUACGUGACGGUCCUGUUCGGCACCAGCAUCAUGGCGCCAGGUCUCAUUAUCGGGUACCUGUACGUCAAGUUGGCGCGCACCUACUUGGAGUCCCAGCGCAACUCUGUCGUCAGCAAAGGCGGGAAGCGCUCGCCGAAACAAAAAGUUCUCAUCAUGAUCUUCACCAUUGUGCUCGUGUUCUGGGCGUGCUUCCUGCCCUUUUGGGUCUGGCAGCUGCUGCCGUUGUACCACAGUCAGCCGUUAAGCUUGGCCUCGCAGACGCACACCUGUAUCAACUACCUGGUGGCGAGCCUCACCUACAGCAACAGCUGUAUUAACCCCUUCCUCUACACGCUCCUCACCAAGAACUACAGGGAGUAUCUGAAGAACCGACACAGGAGCUUCUACCGCUACACGUCGUCGUUCAAGCAGCGGCCGCCCAGCCUGUCCUCCUGGGGGAAGUCUGCUUCAUCCAGCAACCAGUUAGAGUUCAACUCGGAGACGCUCGUCAUGGGAACCUUCAAGUGACUUUUGAAAAUGAAGCGGAGGCGUUUUACGUCACAGGGCUUGAGUGAGCCGGACGACCUCCCUCCAACCCCUUCCCCACUAAUGGGUGCUUCAAGGCAGAGCUGGGUCGGAGAUGGCUUGUGUCGGGUCGCAUGUGAAGGACACGGUGAUGGCGUAUCGGGUCCCCCAUGACACCGUCUCCACACGGUGGAGGUUCUCAGAGCCGGAGGAAAAGAAAGACACUCUACCUGGGCAAAGAAAGUUGGAAACACAACUUAAAUGUUCUGGGGUUUGACAGUUUGGCAAGUGCAGAAAACUCCAAAAAUGAACAUGUCUUCUUAGCAUUAAAAAUUGAAUCGCGGGAUACUACUAGUAGUAUCCAAAGUCAAAUAACACCUACCACCAUCUGUAAAGCUUGACUAUUACUGCACUGCAGCAAGGGGAGAGCCCACGAGGCACCAGAAAGAGGUAUAAUUGGAGAUGGGAGGAAAAUAUAUAGAAUGGAAUGAAAAUCGUUAGUCCCUUCCUCACCUUGCGUAAGGAUACAUACAGUAUAUCUCAUCUGCCAUUUAUAUACCUGCAGCUACGGAAGGGAAAACUGAUGUCAAAUUCAAAAUACUGCAUACUAUAGCAAAGUCACCUUUUGGCUUGUCACUGUACUUUGUGUCAUUUUGUUAACCAAACAAAAACAUUACUAAACCUUCAGUGUUGUACCGUUUAAACUGACAUCCUUCAGUGGCUGACUCACGGUGACAUAAGCCAGUGGUUCUCAAUUGUUUUCGGUCACGCCAACCCCCAGAUUUGAAAUACUAUUGAGAAACUGAUAUCUGUUCAUUUAUCUGUAUUGUACAGACUGAACUCGAGACUGAAACCAGAGAAAUGCAACAAAAAGGAGCGCAGUGAAGCAUACAAGCGUAUUCAAGAGUCAAAUUGCAUGCUGAGUAUGACAAAUUCAUACAUGUUGGCAGGUCUGCACUAAUAUUGAAAGUCCUCCCUGCCUUUCGCCCCCUCAGCGGGACCUGCCCCACUAUUUGAGGAGCACUGACGUUAAGUGGUUGUUCACCAAAAAAAGCCAUUGCUUGCACGCUUACUUGUUACUUUCAGCAGAGACAUAAGGAAAAUGGGCACUGAUAAAGGAUUUUUAAAUCUUUUGCUA